GGCGGAGUCGGGAGAGACUGGUCCACCACCAGGCCUAGAAAUCUCAGAUCCAGUCCGGGCGGGGCAAAUCUGGAAGUGACUGCGCUCAGCUUUGCAUAGCAAUGCCCAGCUUUGCAUAAUAAGUGAAGGCAAGUAUUUAAAGGCGCCGUCGCCAACACGCCUAGUAGUUAGGCCCGUGCAGACCUAGCGCUUACGAGGAUGAGUCUCCAGUUACAGGCUCCACUCCUGCUCGUCUUGGGCUGGCUUCUCGCCAGCUCUGCGGCCCCUAGGCGUGCCCACCUGAAACAGUUCAGUAGCUUUUCCUGGGAUAACUGUGAUGAGAGGAAGGACCCUGCCGUGAUCAAAAGCCUGACUCUGGAACCCGACCCCAUUGCCUUUCCUGGGAACUUGACUGUCAGCGCUGAGGUGCAGACCAAAGUCCUCCUCGCUAGUCCUCAGAAGGUGGAAUUAACUGUGGUUAAAGAAGUGGCUGGCCUCUGGGUCAAAGUCCCGUGUGUGGAUCAGCUUGGCAGCUGCACCUAUGAAGAUGUCUGCCAAGUAAUUGACAGUUUAAUUCCCCCUGGACAGCCCUGCCCAGAGCCCCUGCACACCUAUGGGCUUCCCUGUCACUGUCCCUUCAAAGCGGGCAUCUACUCGCUGCCGGAGAGUGAUUUCACCCUGCCCCAGCUGGAGGUGCCUGGCUGGCUCAGCUCUGGGAAAUACCGCAUCAAGGGGGUCCUCAGCAGCGGCGGGAAGCGUCUGGGCUGUGUCAAGAUCUCUGCCUCUCUGAAGGGCAAAUAAGGUGGCACCAGCCCCACAACAGAAGGAAGGGGGAUGAGGAAGAUAGCCCCCUUCUUCUCCUGCUUUUGCCAAGGUCCAGUCCUGACUCUCUGUCCCCCUUCAAGCCCAUUUCUGCAAUGAUGCCACCACCCUUGCUGAAAUCAUUUUGUGCCAACGACAUUUUAGACAUGGCCAGGAAGCCCCAACUUAGGGAAGAGCUGGGCGUUCUUGAUUGCCCAUGACACCUGCCCGGCUGGCUGCUUCAUUUUCCUCCUCAACCCGAUGGCUUCCUAAGAGCUUAACUCAGUUUCUAAGCAGCCAAGGAAUGGGACCAAUAUAUUUUGUGACCUCAAGCUCUGACUGACCCAAUCCUGGUUUCCUGAAGUAACUUCAUGAUUUUCUUAAAAAAAAAAAAAAAUUUUUUUUUGUCAGUGAUUCCAAAGCAGAAUGAGAGUACUAAGAGUUGUUUUAUUUCAGUCCCCUCUUACAACGAAGGGGCCACAGUAGCUCAUCUUGGGCUGUUUCUCCAUUAACUCCAAUGAUUAAUUCAGUAUUCCUUUUUAGAUUGGCUCAGGGAACAGUGGGACGCUUAGCGUAUCCUGGAGAGGCAGGGCAUGUGGUGGAGGGCUGCACUGGGAGAGGUAUUUAAGAAUGCUCCUGUGUGUUUAAGAUAGUUUACAAACUCAAGUGCCUACAGGGCCAAGCACAGGCGACCAGGACCACCGGGAACAUAUUGCUUCCAGGUGUGUCUUCUUUUUUUCCUUUUUUAUUGCAGCACAUAUGCAUUGUUAUAAGGCAGCUGAUGUCCAGUCUUGAGCUUGGGAUAUUUUCAGGGAUGAUGGGACCUGGGAGGAGUCAGGAAGACUACAUUCAACCCUUAGGGGUGUCUGCUAUGGAACUAUGGCCACUUGGUGUCAUAGGAGAAUGUCGUGGGCUCAGUAUUGCCAAAUAUUCUCAAUUUUUCUCACCCUGGCAAUGCCCAGAAAUCCAGACUUUUCUAUGAAACCUUAUAGUUUUUAAAUAUUGGCAACUGAUGAUAUUUUAAAACACUGUGCAGGCCCAAAGGGCCAAACAGACUUGUCAGUGGGGAAAUAUGGCCCCAGAUGGCCAGUGUGGGACCUCUGACGUACGAACGUGCAUUCCCUGCCCUUUCAGUCUUGAGACCGCACCUCCUGUGCCAUCUCUCCCUCCAUACAGCCAAACCUAUAGUGUCAGACCCAUGGAGCAGGCUCUUCUAGCCCUAGGGGAGGGGGAUGCUGCCUUUCUGAGCUGUGAGCCCCGGGGAUCAUGAGGUGCGGCCCCGGAGCGCUGUCAGGGUGGCUGGGGCAAACGCUGAAAGAGCUAGAACCCACCAGCAGCUGCUCUGUGGAGCAAGGAUUCCGCAAAGAAGGGUGGACUCACACUGAGUGCCUGGAUUUGUCCAUCAUCCCGUCCUCCAUGACAACUUACUAACCCACGGAUCACCCCCAGCUUCUGGACUCAUGUGAAGCCUGGAAUAGCAAUAAAUAUUUUUAACUUGCUGACAAUUC